GAAUGCUGAAAUAUCAGUUUACGUUCAUAAGUGACUGUUUUCCCCGCGAAAAACGAUGUGCUUCGGUGACUUGUUCUUGGGGGAAUAUUCUUCUCGUGUUCUUACUGCUCGCUGCCGUCGUCCAAGAAGGGUUAUGUGGGAAGAUGACGGACCUGCAAAUUUUGGACAACCUGCUGGAGGAAUACGACCGACGCGCGACGCCCACCAACCACCUCAACGAUGCCACAACGGUCUCAUGUGAGCUGUACAUCAGAAGUUUCGGCUCCAUCGACCCCUCGUCCAUGGAUUAUCAAGUAGAUAUCUACUUGAGGCAGACGUGGGUGGACGAGCGUCUGAACCACGUAAACAUCACCCAACCACUUGACCUCAAUGACCCCAAUUUGGUGAAGGCCAUAUGGAAGCCCGAGGUGUACUUCCCCAACGCCAAACACGCAGAGUUCCAGUUUGUGACCGUGCCCAACGUCCUGGUCAGGAUCAACCCCAAGGGCGUCAUAUUCUAUAUGCUCAGACUGAAAUUGGUGUUCUCCUGCAUGAUGGAGUUAUCUGCCUUUCCCCUCGACUCUCAGGUUUGCACCAUGGAGGUCGCUAGCUUCUCGAAGACGAUGAAGGAGCUGAGCCUGCUGUGGAAGGCUGAGGGACCCGUCAAGAUGUACAAGGACUUACGCAUGCCGCAGUUUGAGAUUAACGACAUCGUAGCUACCACCUGUCAAGAGAGCUUCCAGAUCGGUAACUACAGCUGCCUGGUGGCAGAGUUCCACAUGAGAAGGGCCAUCGGGUUCCACCUGGUGCAGAGUUACCUGCCCACCAUCCUCAUAGUGGUCAUCUCCUGGGUCUCCUUCUGGAUGGAUGUUGACUCCGUGCCGGGCCGCACCACUCUUGGAGUCACCACUCUCCUCACUGUCUCCUCCAAGUCCUCAGGGAUUCAGGGAGGCCUGCCCCAGGUGUCCUACGUGAAGGCCAUAGAUGUGUGGAUGGGCGCCUGUACAGCGUUCGUGUUCUGCGCCCUGCUGGAGUUCACUCUGGUGAACUACCUCUGGCGUAAGCGUCCUGGAGGUGCAGGAGGCAGCGAUGGAGGGCGCUAUGGAGGAGGCACGAGGCGUGGAGGCCCUUGGAACGGCUUCGGCAACAUGGAGGGGGAGAGGGCCAGCAGCGGCGGCGGUGGCGCCAUCCUGGGGGCGUCCACUCUCACGGGGGGGAAGGGCACCCCGGAGGAACUAACCACUCUACCGGUGCAGUUCGUUCAGGCCCUCACUCAAACCAACAAGAUGAAGGCUAGGAGAAUCGACGAGUGGUGUCGGAUCCUUUUCCCUGUUGUGUUUGGCCUCUUCAACGUCUGCUACUGGUGUUACUACCUCAUUUAGAGUCCCAGUUGAACUUCAGCUCUGAGCCUAGCAGCCUAAUUAGUGAUGUUGACUCAGAUUGAGCUCCAUUAAGACUCUCGCGUCGUUUGAUUAUCCAGAGCGCCAGAUCAUUAUAUGCCAGUAAUGUCAUUAUAUUAUCUAGACCCCCAGAUCAUUGUAUAACUCUAGUUCAGUUUCCUAAUAUAACGCAACAGUUUAUGUUAUUGUCUUCAACAACAUCUCGUAGUGGCGCUACCCCUCAUUCCAUUGUUCUUAAGCGGCACCUUGUUACUAUACUGUUUCAAGCGUAGGUUAAACAUAUAUAUAUGAAUGUCUUUGAGUAGGUGUAAGUAGGAGCUGCCUCGUAUGGGGUCAACAGGAGCUGCCUCGUAUGUACCAACAGGAGCUGGAUCGUAUGUACCAACAGGAGCUGCCUCGUAUGGACCAAAUUGUUACACGACAGAUGCUUGGACAAAGUAAGUUUUCUUAAUAUUCAAAUGUUCAGUUUUAUAAUUCAUCUGCCAAUUGCCAAAUCACUAUAUAAGGUCUAAAUUAUCAGCGUAGUUCUUUAAUGAUGUCUUUAGUGUCCCAACAUGGCCCCCCCCCCCCG